UGCAGUCUUUUAUUUUCUGAUGCAUUUUUAAAUUUGUGAUUUUAUCCUGUCACAUUCUGGUUAUUAUUAAUCACAUUGUUGUCUCGUUCUAUUACCUUGUGUGUCCCCCAUGAUCCUUUUUCUCCACUAUUUAUUUCAAUAUACACACUACAAAUCCUAGUUACGUGAUUCACCAGAACACUGGUCCCACCUUGGUUUGGGUGAGGAUUGUCCCAAUGGGGGGUACUGUUCACAUUUUCCCUAAUAUUAGUGCCCUUGAAUUGAAAUCCCAUUCUACCAUCAAAGGACCUUGAUGAUUUGUUGCAGUGGACCUUGUAGAUGUUGCAUAUUACUAUCAAGACCAGUUUGUUCCUAUUGGAUGGAGUCAGUAUCCUUUCUGCUGCCGUCACUGAACGAAACUGAAGGGAGUUCUGCUACAACUGUUAUAGUCAUCGGAUACAUAAUACCCAUCGAGAUCUGCGAGGAGAACUAAUGUAAAAACCAGGCUGGUUUGCUGUGUUAUGUAAGGGAGAUACCCAGUACCUGAAACAGGAAAUACGCCGACUUCGCUUUUAUCAGGGGAAGGAAAGACUGAAGGAACAAGAGUCCUGCCGUGGCGUUGCGACUUAACACAUUCUUACAUUUUUUUUGGUUAAUGCAUAAUAAGGUUGUCUUACCAAUGACUCUGCUGGAAUGAAAGCGAUUUCUUCUUUGAUUUCUCUUAGUCAAACAAGAUACAGUUACGAGUAAUGCUCGCAAAGGAGCUGUUUCUGUGUAUUCCGACUGUCUGCAUUCACAUGAUCUGAACUUGAAACUGGACCUGAAAGAUAGCGAAGACUCAAUUGUGUUUUGAUGCAUGAACCUUCAGAAGCUAAGGAAGGGUUGAUUCGUUUCACCCCAUAAACUGUGCAGUGACUACGUUCGAAAUACAGUAAAUCGAGUUAUAUUGCGAGUUUCUGGGAAGGAAAGAGUCUUACGAGGAAGGACUAUGUUGGUGAAGGAGUUCAGGAUUUGCAUGCCCCUGACAGUAGAGGAGUACAGAAUUGGACAGCUGUACAUGAUUAGCAAGCAUAGCCAUGAACAGAGUGACAGAGGAGAGGGUGUGGAGGUCGUGCAGAAUGAGCCUUACGAGGAUCCUACACAUGGCAGUGGCCAGUUUACAGAGAAGAGAGUUUACCUCAACAGCAAACUCCCUAGCUGGGCUAGGGCAGUGGUUCCAAGGAUCUUUUACGUCACUGAAAAGGCCUGGAAUUAUUAUCCAUAUACCAUCACAGAAUACACAUGCUCAUUUUUACCUAAGUUCUUCAUUCAUAUAGAAACAAAAUAUGAAGAUAACAAUGGUUCAAAUGACAAUAUCUUUGAUUCUGAGGCAAAAGACAUCGAAAGGGAUGUGUGUUUCAUUGAUAUUGCUUAUGAUGAAAUUCCUGAUCGUUAUUACAAAGUCUCUGAGGACCUCAGGUAUUUUAAAUCAGAGAAGACACAGCGAGGCAUGCUGAAAGAAGGCUGGAGGGAAAGUCAGAAGCCAAUAAUGUGUUCUUAUAAACUGGUGACUGUUAAAUUCGAAGUCUGGGGACUUCAGACAAGAGUCGAGCAAUUUGUACACAAGGUUAUCCGGGAUAUACUGAUGAUUGGCCACCGACAGGCUUUUGCCUGGGUAGACGAAUGGUAUGACAUGACAAUGAACGAAGUUCGAGAAUUUGAACGAGCGACUCAGGAAGCAACCAACAAGAAAAUUGGAAUUAUUCCUCCUGCAAUUACUAUCAGCAAUAUAGUUAUGCCUUCGUUAGCCCGCAGUGGACCUUCUAGUGCCCCAACCACGCCUCUUGCCUCAGAAGCUCCAGAAUUCCUGGCCAUUCCCAAGGAACGACCUCGAAAAAAAUCUGCUCCAGAGACUCUUACUCUUUCCGAAUCUCGGGAGAAACACUGUGCUGCCAUGGUACCUGAUAUUGAAGCUUCUGGCGAACCUUCUGAGCCCAAGCACAACUGAUUUUAGUCUCUGACCAGUGGCUUUGUUUUCAGAUUUCAGUGUAAGAUUUUUUAAAAUUUAUCAUCUUUUUACUUCUUAAUUGAAAUGUCCUGUUUCCUUGGCCCCUGAGUAUAUUUCACAAAUGAAAUAAUGUAUUCUGUAUCCAGUAUUUGUUCAUUAAAUUAAAUAAGAAGCUUCUCCCAAAUGGUAAGAUCAGUGUAGAGUGCAAGAAUUUUACAAAUUAAAUUCUCGAGAUGCUGAUGACAAGCCAAGUCUCUUGCCACUACGUCAUAUUGAAAAUUCAUGAAAGGUAUAUACACUAUUUUCUGGUAUUGAUUUGCAUGGGCUUAAAUCAAGGACAAUGAUUUUCCGACUUCCACUGGAGUAUGGAUGAGGUUGCUGGAUUAUAGUGGGAAACAUUACAUCUAAACAUUUAGUAUUUACACACGAGUAUUUCAAUACAAUAAAGUUUAAGCGCAUUUCAAAAGCAGUUGUGUGAGCUGGGAAAUGGUUGCAUUAGGUCAGCCGACACACAGCAAUAAGUGUUUUGAUGACUUGACAUUGGAAUCAUUUGCUCACUCUGUGUGGAAAUCAGUAGCACCUAGUCAGCCUUGGAAAGUUCCACAGCAGUCACAGCUGUUGUUUUAGACCUGUAUCCACAUUGUGGUUAACUGUGUUCCUUUGGCAAUUAUCAACAUAACUUACCAUUGAUAGUUACAGAAUAAAAUCACCAAAAGACACAAUGCAGAAUUAAGCCAUUUGGCCCUGAGUACCUUAUCGACACUUUAAAAGAGUUUUUCAAUUACCUCACUCUACUACAUUUCCUCCAUAGUCCAGCAGCAUUUUCCCCUCCAAGUAUUUAUCCUAUUCCUUGAUGUAAGCUACUUCACUGCCCAUUCAGGCAGUGCAUUUCAGAUCAUAAUAAUUCAAUGUAUUAAAAAAUUCUCUUCAUCUCACCUGUGGCUCUUUUGCCAAUCAAUUUAAAUCUGAGUACCAAUUCUUUUGGUUUCAGAUGAUACCCACUCCACCAGUCACUUGCCAACUCGAUUUUCCACUCAAUGUUUCUUAAGCCAAAAAUGGGGCCAGAUGGAAUUCAUAAUCUAUGAUAAAAUAACAGAAUCUCUAUAAUUGACCUAAGUACCAUUAAACCAUAAUGGGGAAAAUCAAUCUCGUUUGUUUCUUUUGUUCAGUAUCUAGUGGUCCCCCUGCUAGGAAUCUGUACCAUCUUGGUUACCAAGACAGAGCCAGACGAGACAGUGACAAUCUGGGGUAUCUUCCUUAAAACUCUUAACUUGCAUUUGAAUAAUUGUUCCAUGGGUAAAUUAUAUUUAAUUAUUCCAUCUGGAAUAUUGUGUCAAAUUUGAGGAUUGCUAUUUUAUUUUUAAAAAUGUCAAAGCCCAUGAUUAUGGAUGUGAUGGUGUGUGAGCAUAAGACUGGGUUGUUCUCAGCACCCCCACAACGGCAGGUUUGGAACAAGAGAGCUGAUUCACUCCCUGAAUCAGUUAAGGGUAAAUACAAAGUUUAUUUAUGUGAAGUACUUGCCAUCUGCACUGACAAUCCAUUUGAAAUGAAAGAUAAAUGCCAUAUUCACAAGAUGAGUUUUAAAAAGUUCAACUUUGCUUCUGGUGAAACUCAGUUCCACUGGUGAAGCAUUUUCCAGUAUAUCUUAAUCCAUUUCUUGAAAUGAUUAAAACUUCACUCAAGAGUCGCUAUGUCAUUGUUUUUCUUGGCUCCUACCUGUGUGCCAAAGAUGAGAGGUUGCUGUUAUAAUAAUUACAGGACAAUGCAUUGUUAUGGUAUAAAUCUAUCUGCUCUUCUGUUUUGCUGAGUUAAGGUGCUAAAGAUUAAAAGAAUACUUUUAAGGGAUUGUACUGAGUGAAAGACUUGUCAAUAGCAGAACUGCAUACCAUGUUUGGGGCUUUUCAUAGGAGAAAUUUUAAAGAAAUCCCAAUACCAUAUUUUUGAAAACAUUGCCUGAAUUCUGCAUUUGAUUGAUUUAUUCCAUUAAAUCUUUCAACCUGAGCUGCCUACACAAAACAAAUCCAAAAAAAUGUAAAUCAACUUACAUUUUUCUGAUCUUUGGCAUAUCCAUUAUAUUUAAUGCAUCACAAGUUAAAAUGUUCGCAGCCUCGCAAAUUUCACUUUUGGUAGAAAUUUUUACACUAACAAGGUGAACAUUAAUCUUUAAACCCCAUGCCCUAAUCCAUUUAAGAAAAACCUUGAUAAGAAAAUGUACUGCUGAUCAUCGAUAUUCGUGCAUCUAAAUGUCAGGCCAUCUAAUCAUUUUAAAGGAUAAGAAGGAAAGGGGAGGGAAAGAAGUGAGCUGUUAAGUAAAGGUUAUGGCAUCUGUUUUUCUCUUUAAAAUCUUUUUGAAUAUGAGACAAUGACUUUCAUUAAAAAGUACAUACUUGUUACACUCUGCCUUUUAAUAUUCCCAUCUGAAUACAUUCUUUAUUAAUAUGUAAACAAAAGAAACCUUCUUACAUCAUUAUCGGCAGUUUUCAAUUGUUUAAAGUAAUAUGCGUAUCAAAUUAGUGUUUAACAAAUGUAUUUUUCCUCGUCUCAGAAUUUAAUUGCUCCGUCAUAUCUUAAAUAAUUGUAUAUUGGACUUAUCACUGUGUUUAACACAAUGCUGAACAAGUACACAGCAUAAACUCUGAUAACAGAGAGGAGCCUUUAGAAAACUGAACUAACUUAAGAGUAAGGAAAUUCACACAGAAUUUCUCUCUCAGUGCCUCUGCAUGCUGUGCAUAUCUUUAAUCAAAUGUGUACUGUAUGUUGUUACAGUUCUAUCUGAAUUACUCGAGUGAGCUUCAGAUCUGACUGCCUGAUUGCUCUCAUUCAAUUGUGUGUUUGCAAAUGUGAAAAUAUUUACUGUAUAGUAAAUUCUGUGUACAUUCUAAUGUUUUAAAUUUUUAUGAAUUUAUUUAUUUUUGCUGUCAACAUCAUUUUAGCAAAUGGACCAAUUCAUGAUAUUUAUAUUGUUUCAAAUAUUAAAACUAAAGCAAGCAGAUAAUUCUGGUACCAUGCUGUGUUUUGCUACUGAUGUUUGUUUUAAGCCAUAUUCAUUUGUAUUGCAGUUAUUUUGAAAUAGUGGCAUUAUGUCUUGCAGAACUCAAUGAUAACCAGAUUUCUUUCUCUCCAGUUUUUUGUUGUGAUUUUUUUUUCAAGCUGUACUGUUUUCCAGAAGGUGAAACUCCUUAGUUGGGGUGUGUUUCCACAAAUACAUUCCUCAACUGGCAGUUAUUCACCUGUCUUUGAGCAAGAGCAUCUGCAAACUAUUUUAUCCUGGGAGUGAACCCUGUGAUGUUUGUAUCUGUGCAAUUGCCAUCAGGAUCCAUACAUUCAGCAGCUAAGGCUAAUUUCCACCCUCUUUGCAGAAGGGAGCAAGACCAAUGGUGGCAGUUCUGAAGCUGCUCAUGCUACAGUGACUCAAGUUCAAAACAUGCACUAUCUUAAAAUGAUUUGCAUUGAUCAACUACACUGUAUUGACAGAGUCAAUUAUAUUUUCCUUAUCCUUAAUCAAAAACAACAGUGACUCAAUUUCAAAAGCUAUUAUUCUGUUGUGAAACAGUUUGGGACAAUCUUGAGGAUAUUAUCAGGGGUUAUAGAAAAGCAAGUUUCUUUUCUCUUUUGAGCCUUUCUUGCACGAGAGCUAAAGUUAACAGAAUACAGUUUGUUCUCAAGUUUUUGCAUAUUAGAAAGGUGCCUUAAAGAGCUGCUGAGAGUGUGUCAAGAGAACAGGGAAAUUAAAAGGUUGAGUUUUAAAGGCCAGCCAAACCUACUUUCUCAAAAUUUCUAAAGGCCAAUUAAUGGAACCAAAAGUCUGAAAGCAAGUUAUUUCCCUCCAUCCCCUUGUGUGGAUAAUAUUGUGUUCUCAAGACAACAAGGAGGAAGAUAGUACUUUACAAAAGUACUGCCUGAUGGGAUGAGCCUUUUAUGAAAACCACCUUUUCAACAGAUAUUUCUGAACAGUUUGGAUCAAUUCUACAGGGAAACUAUUUUAGAUUAUUGAGAUAUAAAGAUCUCAACAACAGAACUUUUUCUGCACUUUCCUUCUUUACAAUUGGAAAUGCCUGUGAAAUGUAUUUUAAAACAUUUUUGAAAUAUAAAUGUAGUGGUAGUUACUGACAAAAAUAUUUUUCAAAACAGGAUGUUGCUGAAAUAGUUUCAUAAUAGCAUGUUCAGGUUAUCUUAGUUAUCCAAACUGUAUAUUUCCCAUUUUUACUGACUGUGUUUCCUGUUAGAGGCCAGAAACAUAAAUGUUAAAUACCAUGAAUACUUUCUUGAAAUACUGAAAUGUAAAGAAGUUAUGUAUGAAUAAAAAUAACCCCUUGGUUAAGUAGUGGAAGAGCUGGUGUCUAUGGAGAAUCAGUGUCCUUGGGAAAAUGAAAGAAAUGUGCUGUGGUUUAUUGAUUGCAGAUAAAUGGUACAUGUCAUUUGACUAUUCUCCUGGUGUUUAAACUGUGAGCACCUUGCAGGGAGGCAAAAAAGAGACACUUAAAAUGGGACAUGAGAAAAGUGCCAUUGUUUCAAUAUAUUCAAUGGUAUAUAAUCUGCUGUGCUUGGGUUCAUAAAUGAAAAUUCCAUCCUGUGAUAAAUAUAGAAUAACAUUUUGCAUAAAUUAGUAUUGCACAUAAUAAUUACAAUGUAAAUAUUCUGGUAAUUUGUUAAUUUAAGGGCAAGUUUCCCUGCGGCAACUGGUUUACCUUAUUGAAAGAUUCACUGUAAUAGUUUGUUACAUAGCAUGUUAUAAUAAAGCACUGUAGAAAAAAUACAUUGCUUAAAGAGCAAAUUUACCUUUUAAAGAAAUAAAUGUUUUUUCCCCCUCUGAA